AUGAGUACCAUACUUACUACUCGAAGGAAAACAUCAAAGUCCAGGAAAGGAUGUCUUAGUUGUAAAAAAUUAAGAAUCAAAAAAGCAUUGAAACUAACUGUUAUAAAGUGUGACGAGGCCAAACCAAGUUGUGAAUAUUGUGUUCAUACAAGUCGUGAAUGUAUAUACCCCAGUCCAAUAACCAUAGCGAAUCUUCAAUAUGGACCCGAAACUUCCAAUUCCAGUACAUCUACAUCCAGUAGUAAUGAUCUGAGUCCUAGUGAACUUGAAAAGCAACAAUUAACAGUGACGUUACAAGAAAGUACCGUCUUGAGACGAUAUCAAACAGAUUUAAUGCAUCAAACUGAACUUAAUAACGCUACUAGUCAACUAGGUAUAUCACGAUUCGAAUUGAGAUUGUUAGACUUUUUUAAUAAUUUCUGUAUUUAUGAAUUAUCAAAUGAACCAAAUGAUGUGAUUCAUUCAGUUUGGGUGACCCAUGUUCCUCAAGUCUUUUUACAAAGUGAAUUGAUAAGGAAUAGUAUUUAUUCAUAUUCAGCCUUAAAUUUAUUCCCCCUAUGUGAAGAUCUACAUAAACUACGUAUAGAAGAUGAUAUAGAAAGUAGAUUGAAAUUUAAGACUAGAAUUGGGUCUAUAUCAUUUAUCAGUGAUGAUCAUAGAGACGUACCUGAAUCUGAUGAUUUAUAUAUUAAGACAGCAAAAUAUUUUAUGGAUACUAUUACAGCUAAAAAUAAAUUUGUGGAUGAAUUAAAAUAUAAUAAUAUUACAGAUCUACCUACAAUUUCAAUCAUAGAAUUUACUAUUUCAAGUAUUUUGAUAUUAUCAUUCUUAGGUAUUCAUCCUCAUAAAAUCAUGCCAUUGGUAAGUUUUGAUCAAUCCGAAUCUGAUUUAAUUUCAAUUUGUAAAGCUAUUCGUGAAACAGGGAAGAUGUAUGAUUUAAGGACUAAUAAUAUAUUCAAAGAUUUGUAUACAUAUGAUAAGUUUGCAAAUAUACCAUCCGUUAAACAGAGUUUUUUCCCAACCAUUAUGAGAUUAAGAGAUGAUUUAGAAUUGGAAUACAAACAUUCAUCAACCAUAAGUGAGGAAUAUAAUAUACUAUAUGAUGCCCUUGAAUUAUUACAGUCAGGAAUGUUUAAAGGUAUACUUUAUUCUCAUCCAGCUCCGUUAUUUAGAUGGAUAAUAAUAAUAUCGGAUGAGUUUCAACAAUUAAUCUAUAAGAAAUGUCCGUUUGCAUUACGGUUACUAUACAUAUUUUCCAGUCUUUCAAUCUUAGUAAGAGUCCUAUUGUUUAAGGAUGCAAAUCUAUGGGUUGAUUACAUGCAAUGGUAUAAGAGUUAUAAUUUCGAUUUGGUUGGAAGUUGGAAGUACAGUAUGGAUGAGGCGUUCUAUUAUCUUAUAUUUGAAAAGGAUUUCACUUUAAUUGGAAACAGUGAGACCAAUCUAAUGACUUUUGAUGCGGAAUUUAUAGCUCAAGUUAUAUAG